AAUAAAAAACAUAAACUGCAGGAGAUGGCAUCAGGUUGGUAGUCAUGAGGCUUAUGGAAAUGAUAUGUUCACUGCUCUUUCCCGUUCUGCUAUGUGUGUGUGCGCGCGCGCUGCGUCAGACGCGGAAGAGAAAUCGAGGAACACCGGGAAUGUCACGAAUCCGAAAUCUCCAAGCGUCGCGCUUUUCUGCUCGGUUCAUAAGUGUGUUUUGUUGGUAGGAGCUCGGUAACCAGAGCUUGCUUCUGCUAGCAUGGGUUAGCUUUGCUUUGCCUGAGGUAAACUACGCUGACAUUAUCGUGUAUCCUCCGCUUCUCCGCCGGGAAAAUGAAGUGUUUUCCAGAUUUGCUUCAGGUGCACGGCGCAUCCAUCGCGCAUUUUACCCUCAUCAUCUUCACCUUCCUCAUCUAUAAAAUCACAAACGGCUGCCAACCCGAUGCAUCCCUUCAGUUCACUUAGGUCUCAGUUUACAGAUACUGACAUGGACUAUGAGAGGCCGAAUGUAGAGACCAUUAAAUGUGUGGUGGUUGGAGACAACGCUGUGGGAAAAACACGUCUGAUCUGUGCCAGAGCAUGCAAUGCCACACUUACUCAGUACCAGCUACUGGCCACACACGUGCCCACAGUCUGGGCCAUUGACCAGUACAGAGUGUGCCAGGAGGUUCUGGAGCGCUCUAGAGAUGUAGUGGAUGACGUGAGCGUGUCUCUUCGAUUAUGGGAUACAUUUGGAGAUCACCACAAGGAUCGCCGCUUCGCUUACGGCAGGUCAGAUGUGGUGGUCCUGUGUUUCUCAAUCGCCAACCCGAAUUCUCUGUUUCACGUGAAGACCAUGUGGUACCCAGAGAUUAAACACUUCUGCCCUCGUGCCCCGGUCAUCCUGGUGGGCUGCCAGCUAGACUUGCGAUAUGCUGACCUGGAGGCCGUUAACAGGGCACGGAGACCACUCGCAAGACCCAUCAAAGCCAAUGAGAUUCUUCCACCAGAGAAGGGCCGUGAGGUGGCCAAAGAGCUGUGCGUGCCGUAUUACGAGACCAGCGUUGUGGCUCAGUUUGGGGUGAAGGACGUGUUUGAUAAUGCCAUCCGCGCUGCCCUCAUCUCGCGGCGCCACCUGCAGUUCUGGAAGUCUCAUCUGCGGGACGUCCAGCGGCCUCUUCUCCAAGCACCCUUCCUGCCUCCCAAACCUCCUCCUCCGGUUAUAACCGUCCCACCGGCUCCGUCCCCCACAGACGAGCAUCCUGGCCGGCUUCUGGAGGAGCCGCUGUGCGCUGAUGUUCUGCUGGUCCUUCAGGAGCACCACAGAGUGUUUGCUCAUAAAGUCUACCUCGCUACGGCUUCCUCAAAAUUCUACGACCUCUUCGUUCAGGAUUCAGUGUUGGGACGGGAGUCUCCUGCUCAAGCGGACAGUUUUGACAUUGAAAAUUCAACCUCACAUCAACAUCCCGUGUCCGAAAGCAUAGAUGAAGACAGUACGGUGAAAAUGAGGGCCUGUAUUAGCGACGGGACCCUGACUAAUGAUGCUCCCCUGGAAAUGAGUCACGGAGGGAGACUUUCGUCAGCUUUGGGUCGUGCUUUUAUCAGCAUGAGGAGAGAAAGCGUUCAGGAUCCCGUUACGCUUGUUUCUCGACCAAUGACAGUGGUGCAUUUGGAUCCCUCAGUGCUGUUUGGGCCGUUUGCUGUGGUCCUGCGCUAUCUCUAUACGGGACGGCUGGAUGAAAAUGAAAAGGAUUUGAUGCACAUUGCUCACAUCGCGGAGCUGCUGGAGGUGUUCGACCUGCGCAUGAUGGUCGCUAAUAUCCUUAAUAAUGAAGCGUUUAUGAACCAGGAGAUCACAAAGGCUUUCCAUGUGCGACGCACCAAUCGGGUGAAGGAGUGCUUGGCUAAAGGAACCUUCUCAGAUGUGGUUUUUCAGCUAGAUGACGGCACCGUCGAGGCCCAUAAACCCCUGCUCAUCUCCAGCUGCGAUUGGAUGGCUGCUAUGUUCGGUGGGCCUUUUGUGGAGAGCUCCACUAAAGAGGUGUUGUUCCCGAACACCAGCCGCAGCAGCAUGCAGGCGGUGCUGGAGUAUCUCUACACGGGACGCUUCUGCUCCAGACCUGACCUGGAUACCAUGGAGCUCAUCAUUCUGGCUAAUCGCCUCUGUCUGCCGCAUCUAGUCGCGCUUACAGAGCUCCACACUGUGACUGUGCUGAAGGAGAGCGCUGCGGCGGGCACAGACAUUGAUGGAGACGUGCUGCUGUAUCUAGAGAUGGCUCAGUUCCACUGUGCCGAGCAGCUCACCAGCUGGUGCCUUCAUCACAUCUGCACCAACUACAACAACGUGUGCCGCAAGUUUCCCAGAGACAUGAGGGCCAAAUCAGCAGAGAACCAGGAGUACUUUGAGAAGCAGCGCUGGCCGCCGGUCUGGUUCCUGAAGGAGGACGAUCACUAUCAGCGAGCCCUGAAGGAGCGCCAGCAGGAGGACAGUCUCAACCUGAAGAGGCAGAGCAGGAGGAGGUGGACCCUGAGGAGCAUACAGAGCCCUGCGCCGCCAUCAUCACCUUCAUCAUCACCAUCA